UCAAUUGCGCUUCGCAUUCCUACACUUAAUACUGUUUCGUGUUUUUGUUUUGUUUAUUUUUUGAACUUGAUAAAUAUUUCAAAGCGAUCAAUAAAAAGUUCAGUUCAGCAAUUUGGUGAAGUGUGUGGCAAUCGUACUCUUGUAAUUGCAAUGGCAAUGGCUUUUCGCUUGUCCAAGCACGAAACGAGCGUCAUCAGUGCGGACGACACUUCGCUCGAGCAACUCGACUCUAGCGUCGAGAUGCGUUCGCGCUCCCCAUCGCCGCUUGUAUUUAAUCCACGCAAAUUGCGCUUCGCCGACGACGAUUUUGACAAGGAUCGACAGGAAAGUCCGCAACACAAAAAGAAACCGAACGAUGCCGCGCGAGACAUGGACAUGUCCCCACCAUGCCAAAAAGUACGCGCACUCCGUCUUUUCAACACACCAGCAACGCCAAAAACCAUACUGCAAAAGUCAACGACCAACUGCAGCAAUCACCUAUCAGCCGCCGCCGCAGCGGUGAAUGCCACCAGACGCGAGGAAGUAUAUAAGUUGAUAGAACGUCCACGCUCGCUUCCUCUGCAUAAUCACAGAAGCAUGCAACCACAGGACACGGCCAAUGUAAAUCCCUUCACACCAGACAGUCUGAUGGCGCACAACAAGAAGCGUUGUCGCACUCAAUUCGGACGUGAGAAUCUCAAUGUGAGCGCCAUGCAGAGGUUUCUACUCAGCGAUCCCGCUGACGAGGAUGGCACACAGGAGACGAACGGCAUCGAUCCCACGCGGGAGAUACUUCAGCAGGCGCCCAAACGUUUGGCGUUGCAUGACACAAACAUCAGUCGCUUCAAGCGCGAGUUCAUGCAGGUCAGCGUAAUUGGUGUGGGUGAGUUUGGAGUCGUCUUUCAGUGCGUUAACCGGCUGGAUGGUUGCAUCUAUGCAAUUAAGAAGAGCAAAAAGCCCGUAGCAGGCAGUUCAUUCGAAAAGCGUGCGUUGAACGAGGUCUGGGCGCAUGCGGUGCUGGGCAAGCACGAUAAUGUGGUGCGCUACUAUUCGGCCUGGGCGGAGGACGAUCAUAUGUUAAUACAAAAUGAAUUUUGUGAUGGCGGCAGCCUCCAUGCGCGCAUCCAGGAGCACUGCCUGGGCGAAUCCGAGCUAAAGAUAUUGCUAAUGCAUGUGAUCGAAGGCUUGCGCUACAUACAUUCCAAUGAUUUGGUGCACAUGGACAUCAAGCCGGAGAAUAUCUUUUCCACAAUGAAUCCCACGGCACACAAACUGGGCAGCGCCGCACAGCAGCAGGGCGGCAGAGACGAUGAUGGCAUGGAUAGCGUAUAUGAGGAAUUGCGCAGCUCCGAGAAUCUCGUCACGUACAAAAUUGGUGACUUGGGGCAUGUGACGUCUGUGAACGAACCGCAUGUUGAGGAGGGCGAUUGUCGUUACUUGCCCAAGGAAAUACUGCAGGAAGACUAUAGCAAUCUGUUCAAGGCCGACAUUUUCUCGCUGGGCAUUACGCUCUUUGAGGUCGCCGGUGGUGGACCGCUGCCAAAGAACGGACCCGAGUGGCACAAGCUGCGCAACGGCGAGGUGCCUGCUAUUCCAACGCUAAGCAAGGACUUCAACGAGCUGAUUGCGCAAAUGAUGCAUCCAGAGCCCAACGAGAGGCCUAGCUCCAUGUCCAUCUAUAGUCAUCCAAUUCUGAGCGCAGUCGACUCCAAGAGUAAAUUGCAGCUAGGACUGGAGCUGACGGUGGAGAAGCGCAAGAACGAGAUACUAAUGAACAAGUUAAGGGAGGCAAAGAAACAAAUUAAACUGCUCGAACAACGUGUGUCCAUGCUAGCGGCUGCAAACACACCGGAACCCCUGGACGGUCAACGCUGUCUGCGCUCCUUCACGCGGCGCAUGCGCACUCCGUUUGUGUCGCAUGCAAAAUUUAAUAAUCUGGGUGAUCGAAACAAGAAUGUCAUUACCAACGUUUGACAAUAUACAAAAUUCAGCUAUACGCCGGCACUAAACUCUUCCGCAUUCAACGUGAACUAAGCUCACAUUCUUGUUAAUUUAAGCAUGUAUCAUAGCUAUAAGUUGUUGCCAAUUUCGAUUUGCAAACGCCUCAAUAUCGUUGAGGGUUCUGUUCCUAUUCUAUCAACAAAAAAAAAAGAAAA